GAGCGUUUCUUCAUCACAACAGAGACGCUCCUCCGUUAAAUCCGCUCUUUCACCGGGAGAAAACGGUGCUUUUCUGCCGCUGCCAGCUCUUUGGAAGAGUCGUUCUUAGUUUCGCUUGAUGCUUGACGUUCUCACAUCAUGGGUUCGAUGAACCAUUACGUGUUUUUAUUAUUCUGUCUCGUAACGGGCCGGAGUCUCGCUCAGCACCGGAGAUAGAGGCCUCUCCGCGCCUGCUCGAUUAACGGAGAGCCCGCGCGGAGCGACGAGACGCACGGCGGGAAUUCUGAGGCGAUUAUUUGAGACUCUUCUCUCCUGACAGGAGUCUUAAAGGCCCCGGUAACGUAAGACUGUGUGGAACGACCGAAAGAGUCGGAACCGAAUCGACGUGCCGGUGUUGAUGUGGGGUAAAAUGGAGACCCCGACGAUCAUAUACGAUCUGGAUACCUCCGGCGGGCUGAUGGAGCAAAUCCAGACUCUUCUGGCACCGCCCAAAUCUGAGGAUGGAGAAAAGCGGAGUAGGAAACCGGACAGGAGCACCAGGAGAGCCGGCAGGGCCACCAAUCACGACACCUGCGACAGCUGCAGGGAAGGAGGAGACCUCCUGUGCUGCGACCACUGCCCCGCUGCUUUCCAUCUGCAGUGCUGUAACCCGCCAUUGAGCAGAGAAAUGCUGCCCCCUGGUGACUGGAUGUGUCAUCGCUGCUCUGUUCGCAAGAAGAAAAGGGAACAAAAGAAGGAGCAGAUAAAUGGUCUUUUAGAGCAUCAAUUGUCGAAGCAGUCGCCAUCUCCAGAGCCAGACUGUGGUACGUUGCGUCUAGACCCCACCUUGGGUACGGGUGGCACUGGAUUACAGGCCGCCGUUGCUAAGGUUCGACUCCUUGAAAGACCAAGCAGUCGACCCGCGACUCCCAACUCCAACACUUCUUCCACUGACACGCCCACACCGUCCGAACAAAACGACAUGGAGGAAGACCUGAUGGACGUGGAUGACGAGGCUCAGGGUUCUGAUCCAGAGCUCUCGACUACGCCAGUUACCCUCAAGAGACCUUUUGACCUCUUAAUCGCAGCUGCCAUGCAGAGGAACCCCACGCAGUUCCAGCUUCCAAAUGACCUCACCUGCACAACUGCACUUCCAGGCACCAGCAAAAGAAGACGGAAAGAUGAGUUAUCGGGAAGAAACGUGAAACGGCCGCAGCAUGAGCUGGACCAUUAUGGACUGGUUCCACUGCCAGUAAAAGUGUGCCACACAUGCAACAGGAGCUGCAGGUUGGCUCCAUUGGUCCAGUGUGAUUAUUGCCCUCUCUUGUUCCACAUGGACUGUUUGGACCCGCCUCUCACUGCCUACCCUACAGGCAGGUGGAUGUGUCCCAACCACAUCCAGCACCUGGUAAUGAACCAGAGGAGCCUGACCCUUAGCAACCGCUGCCAGCUCUUUGACCAGUUUCAGGACUGUAUAUCCCAGCACGCAGUGAAGCUCGACUUUUUGCAACGGGUACAUCGCCAACACCCACCAAUUCCCCGAGCGGGUCACGCUCAAAGCAGGAGGACUCUGAAGGUUCCUGAUGCUAUAAAGUCACAGUACCAGAACCCACCGGUCUUGAUGCCAACCACGGGGAUUCGUGAUGGGGAAAUGAUCUGUACUGGUAUUCCAGACACUGUUGUCCCACAACACGUAGCCAGUGAAGAAGAACAGCGUCAGUGGCUCACAGACGUCAUCUCGCUGCAGUGCAGCAUCAUGAGACAUUUAUGGAACAUGCAAAGUUCUCCCUGGGAUUCGGAACAGAUGGAAAAGACUAAUGACAGAGACUCUUGUCAGAGCACGCAAAACCUCGGGCCCAAAGCAGUUUGUAGCUCAUGUACUGACGGACUUUGUCAGAACUGUCGGACAACCAAUGGCCCUGUAGAUGGUUUGGUCAAGCCCAAUGGGAUGCAAUGUCCUGUUAGAACCUCAGAUAAAACCACCUCUGCUCCACCCAACCACGCCAGCUCCAAUGCUUCUAUUAGGUCGGAGGUUUCCAUCUUAAAAUCCUGUAAAGCAAAAGACGUUGUCAAAUCUGAGCCCACCACUCCACCAUGUGACCACAAGAAAACUCCGGCACCCUCGGACACCCAUUCAUUAGACAAACUCACAGCUUCUUCUGUAAGUACAGGAGUACAUAUUGUAAAGCCACCGAAAACGACCGCAGACACUGGGUCUGGCCACCAGAAAUCUUCAUCUUGUGAUGGAAAGACUGGUUUCAAUUCAGCAAUAGCAGGAGAUAGGGAAGUGUUUUCUUGCACAGAUCUACCUAACGUGUCAGAGCUGUCAAGCUGGAUAAAAAACACCAUGCAGGGCAGCGGAGAAGUUGAACUCGGCUCUUUGGAUGAGAAGUUUAUAAAGCUCUUGGCCUGGCAGCGGAUUCAACAACUCUUUGAUUCCAAAUCCUCCCCUGUUCAGAGUAAUUCUACGCUGUCUGUGUCACACGCUCAUAAAAAACACAGUGAAGCACAAAACAAGGAGGUGCAGGCGAGAGCUUCAUUUUGCUCAGUUUCGGGAAAGGGAGCUGUUGUCAAAAUGUGCUACAGGAGUCUGUACAUUGGGACAGGUGCUGAUAUGGACGUAUGCCUUACAAACUACGGUCAUUGUUACUAUGUUUCAGGGAAACAUGCCUGUAUUUUUUAUGAUGAGAAUACAAAGCAGUAUGAGUUGCUGAACUACAGCGAACACGGGACGACUGUCGACAAUGUAUUAUAUUCCUGUGACUUCUCUGAGAAGACGAGCCAAAACCCAUCCAGCAGUCUGCUGGCCAAAGUACAGAACAUCAUUCGCCGCUGCCGAAAAAAAGAGCAGCAAGACUCUGCGGCAGAGGGCGGAGUUAUGAGGUGCCAGUCCCAUGAUGCUCCCAAUCCUCCAUGUAACUGUAAAAACAGUGGCUCCAGUUUUAUCGGAGGUAGCAGUGCCGGAUGGGAAGGUACUGCGCUCCUCCAUCAUGGAAGUCACAUCAAAAUGGGCUGCUUGCAAUUUGUCUUCAGCAUCACUGAGUUUGCCAACAAUCUGCCCAAAGCAGAAAUCACCACCUGCAGCCUCGCUCCCACAUCUGUCCAACAGGGAGAGCAGCUGAGCAAAGCCACUCCACUCCAACACAAGCUUGUAGCUUAAACCCCUAAAGCACCUACCAGCCUCUUUCGCAACCUGUACAUGAUGUAAACGGUGUGCUAAUUAUUUAAUUGUUUAUACACUUGCAUGAAAUUACGUUUUUUAUAUAUAACUGUAUAUAUAUAUCAUUUCAUUUGGCAGGUUGCACAUAGAUUUUGUGUUCAUUUCAAUUAUGAAGUUAUUGUAUCUUGCGUUUUUAAAGGGAGACUAUCAUCACUAUCUAUGCCCGCAGAACCAGAGCCGUUUUCAUGUGUAAAAGAAUUCUAUUUUGUGCCAGUAACGAUAGUUUUUUAUAUGAAAAUGCAGUUUUUUCCAUGAAACUGAAGCUUUUAUUUAUGUACUCUAUUGGGAGUAUAGUCAUACCUGGUGUUUCUGUAGCUCAAGCAAAGUCACACGUGUAAAUAUGUGUAUGUAUCCUUGUAAAUAACAUGAGAACCACUUGACCCCGUGACAUAAGUGCACCAGUUUGUAUUAUUUCUGUUAGUGCGUCAUUGAGCUGAUGUCCAGAUUUGUAUGUUUGUUUAAUGUGCCGUGUAAAUACAACUUUCAGCAGGUUCUUGUGUCAAACCAUGUAAAUACAAAACAGAUUUUAAAUAACAUA